AUGGCAGAUCUUACAAGUAGAAAUGUUGCCGCUGAAGCGGUACCGCCUCCUGCAGAGUUUGAGGCGGGUCAGACAGCAGAGCCCUCAGCCUUGCUGCUAGCCCCGGCCCUGUCCCACUCGCCAAACUCUUGCCGGCUGCGAGGGGACAAGAUGGCGGCGCGAAGCCAGGAAGAGCUUCGAUGGGCGGCGCUGGCUGGGCGAGGGCGGGGCCGUCUCCUCACGGGGCCUGAGCCGGCGGGGCAUGGCGUUGGGAGGGGCGGCGGGGGCGCGGGCCGCCCGCGGGGAGCGGCCGUUCCGGCUCCCGGGGGCUUUCCCUGCCCGGGGCGGGGGGACCGUCUCCCUCCCGUCCCAGCCGGGAGGUCGUUACCGGGGUUCCCUCGCCGGCGCCUGCGAGGCCCCUCUUCCGAGGCUUUUGCCUUCCGCUGUUGCCGAAGAGGAGCAGCGGGAGUCGUUACGGUCGGGCUCGGAGGGAGCCCCGGGCUUCGUCCCGGCUCCUUUGUUGUGGCAGCGCUGCAGAUCUCUCCUGUCGCGGAGAGGCUCAACAUACUGCCAUCCUUUGGUUUUCUUUUUGACAUUGAUGGUGUACUGGUACGAGGAAAGACUCCAAUUCCUGCUGCAAAAACAGCCUUUCAAAAGCUAGUGAAUUCUCAGGGACAAUUCUUGGUGCCUGUAGUGUUUGUCACCAAUGCAGGGAAUUGCCUUCGCCAGAAAAAAGCUGAUCAGUUAUCUCAUCUACUGGGAGUUCCAAUUUCACAAGAACAAGUGAUGAUGUCACACAGUCCUCUGCGGAUGUUCAAACGUUAUCAUGAAAAAUGUGUUCUUGUAUCUGGACAAGGACCACUUCUUGAUAUUGCUCGAGACCUUGGUUUCUGUCAGCCUAUUACCAUUGAAACAUUGCGGGAGAAACACCCUUUGCUAGAUGUAGUUGACCAUGAUAGAAGGCCUAAUGUUCUGUACCCCUCUGCUGUGGAGCUUCCCAAGAUUGAGGCUGUUGUUUUGUUUGGGGAGCCUGUCAGAUGGGAAACCAACCUUCAGUUGAUAAUAGAUGUUUUGCUGACAAGUGGCUAUCCUGGAAAUCCAUAUCACCGUGAAAAUUACCCUCACAUUCCUGUACUUGCUUGUAAUAUGGAUCUGAUGUGGGUAGCUGAAGCACAGUCUCCAAGGUUUGGGCAUGGAACAUUCAUGGUUUGUUUGGAAAACAUUUACAAGAAAAUCACUGGCAAAGAUCUGAAAUAUGAGGUCUUAAUGGGCAAACCUAGUAAACUGACCUACCAGUAUGCAGAAUACCUCAUCAGGGCUCAGGCAGCAGAAAGGCAGUGGAAGCAACCUAUUCAAACUCUUUAUGCAGUCGGAGAUAAUCUCAUGACUGAUGUGUAUGGUGCUAACCUUUACAAUCGCUAUCUUGAAGAGAACUCCAGAAAAGGUUCAAAAUCACGGAUUCAGGCCAAAGUUGCUGGUGGCAGAGGAUCUGCCACUCUCUCUCAGGAUGAUGAAAUAGACAACAGUUGGGAGAAUGAAUUAGCAUCUGCAGCAGCUGCCCACUGUAGGUCUGUUCUUGUUUGUACUGGGGUUUACAACCCUCACGCCAAGGUUCCCUUGGAUACCAGGGAGAGCAUAACUGAAACGGUGUUCCAUGGCCACAGAGAUUUUAGAUUUGAUCCUGGUUUAGUAGAACCAGAUCAUAUUGUACCAGAUGUUGAUGCUGCUGUAGACCUGGUCUUCCAGCUGGAGAACUUUGCACCUAAUUGAUAUGACAUGACUUCUUAAGGACUACUCAGUGCUAUGCUUUUCUUCCCAAAAAACAGUGCUUUAAAAUCAUGCCACAAACUGCUGCUUUCUAAAAGUUUUACAUUUUAAAUUAAUACAAUCUUAUAUUAAGUAUAUUAAUAUACCUAUAUAUACUUAGGUAUAUUAAUAUACUUAAGUAUACUAAAUAUCAAUAAUGCUUUUUAAAGUACUUUGAAAUACGUAAUUUCUUGCUUUAGUUGACCUUUAUUGCCCUUGUAUUCAUUAUGAUAGUAGGUAUUUUAACAGCAAUUUUUCAUAGUAGCUCAUGCAUCUUACUGGUACUUAAAUUCCCACGACAGUACCUUCUUUUGUUUGCUGGAAGAUCGAGCUUCUAGGUAUUGGGGAUCUUGAGGAUAUUGGAUUGUGGUGCUGGGGUCAUUUACACCAUUACAAAUUGGCUGGUAGAGAGCACAACAUGUAUUACUGCUUGGUAUUCUGCAAGCAAGGAGUGCUCUCGAAAUAGAGUGAAGUUCAAGUCUGUUCUGCUACUUUCUACCUGCUCACGUACAACCCUGCAGCCUUUCUUUUUAUCUGUUUUCCUGUGUGUCUGGAGCUGCUAUUGCUUCUCUCUACUCUGACAUGUAAAGCCUUAAUAGAAAUGCCCACGUAAAAUGGAGAAGGCUGACUUGUUAACUCCAUUUUUGGAACUCCCAACUAAGCUGAACACAGUCAUGUAAGGAAGGUGGCUAACAUUGGGUGCCCUGUGUGGCAUAAUACCUGGCCUUUCUGUCUUGGCCUUUUUAUCUGCACUUUUUUGAGGAAUUUAGAAUCUUAGAAAGUUUUAGCAAUUACGUUUCAGGUGUUUCCAUCAGUUGGACUUUUCCACUGAAUGAGUGACUACUGUUUGGGCAAAAAGUGCCUAGUAAUUUACUUGAAGCUUCAUACCACUGUGGUAAUUAACUGGCCUUUAGUGGAAUAUGCUUCAUCUUGUGUCAAUGUUAUAUGUUGUUUGGUUCAUAGAUUUUAUAGCUGUUCAUUUUAAAAAAAAAAGUAAUUUAUUUUAUGUUAUUUUUGUAAAAUACUUUUAAACAUUUUCGUUCAAAAGAUGUCUUUGAAAAUAUUUUUGUGUUAAUUUGUUACAACACAGUACAUGGUGUACUUGUGACAUAAGCUUGGAAAACAUAAGCCAGUUAAGUGUGUUUUAAAAACAAAGUCAGUUUACACACAAAUACCACUUACCAUCACCUUGGGGGCUAGACAGGUUUUUAUGUUUGGGGUUUGGUUUUGUU